CUCAAAAAGACAAAACCCCCUCCAAAUCUGCGCAGAAACCAAAUCCCAAAGAAGUCUGCUUACUACAUCAGUACAGUAGUGCUGAUUCCAACCAUCUCCAAGUGAAGAUGGAUAAGUUUUCAAGAUCCAAAUCAAGCAGAGAGAGUAGUAGGGGGGUGCAUCCAACCCCAACCCCAACCCCAACCACCAUGAACAAUCUGAGGAGUUACAGCACUAACACAAGCAACAGCAACUACAAGAAAGGCAGCAAUGGCAGGAGUGGUGGUGAUGGCUUUUCUGCAAAGAAUUGGGGUUUCAAUUUGGACCCUGAAUUGCAGAGGAAGAAGAGAGUUGCAGGAUACAAGGCCUAUUCAAUGGAGGGCAAAAUGAGGGGUUCUUUCAAAAAGAGCUUCAGCUGGAUCAAAACUACCUGCAACCAAGUUGUUCAUGGAUUUUGGGCGUAAUGCAUCUCUCCGUAAAUUAAAAGAAACAGGUACCAUGUGGUGACACUACCCCAUAUGAGGAAGUGCUGGAUCCAUGUGAAAUGGCUCAUCGUUAAGGCGAUUUGGCAAUUGACGGCCCAAAUAACACAA